AGAGGAUAGCGGGCGCGUUGCCGUCUCGUCCCGGGCGAGGCGGCGAGAUGAACCCCGGCCCUGCUGUUUCAGCCGGUUCGUGCGGAUCGCGAUGCGCGGCCUAUUCGCGCUCGUCAACAACUUGUACUGCAUCCCCGCUUACGUCGUGUGGAUGAUGGCGCUGCGUAUCACCCGCCCCCUAUACGCACCCCUCUAUUGGAAGCUCGAAGGGCUCAUGUACCACUGGCUGCUGGCGAUGGUCUCGCUCUGGACAUGGACGGCCGGAUAUGAGAUAAUAGAAUCCGGCGACGAGCCAGCAGUGUGUACCAGUCGACGAACGCUGGUGAUAGCGAACCACCAGAGCACCGCAGACGUUCCGCUGCUGAUGUCUACGUGGAACCCUCGACCCGGGGUGCUCUCCAACCUCAUGUGGAUCAUGGACAGAGUUUUUAAAUUCACUAACUUCGGCAUCGUCAGCGUCUUGCACAAGGACUUCUUUAUACAAGCGGGCAAGGCGAGGAGGGACCAGUCCUUAGAAGAACUCAGAGAACACAUUCACCGGUACUAUAUACCUCUUGGGCGGCAGUAUAUGGUGUUGUUCCCUGAAGGAGGCUUUUUGCAUAAGAGGAAAGAAGUCAGUCAAAGGUUUGCCGAGAAGAAUAAUCUACCGAAGCUAGAAUAUGUAUCGUUGCCAAGAGCUGGUGCAAUGAAGGUCAUAAUGGAAGAAGUGGGGCCCCAUAGAGAGCAGGCGAGCACAUCUCAUGCGGAUACCAAGAAAGAUAAGAAUUUCAACCAAAACAAUGAGAGGCUUUUAGAGGUGAAAUCAGAGAAUAGUGUCGAAUGGAUCCUAGACGUAACUAUUGCGUACCCAGACAGGGUACCUCUCCACCUCACAGAUAUAGUUUGCGGGAUAAGACCUGCUUGCACUACCCAUGUUCACUACCGGCUCUAUCCUAGCUCCGAGGUACCAUCUGACACUGAAGGAAUGACGCAGUGGCUGUAUGAUCGAUUUAUAGAAAAAGAGAAAAUGCUGGAAGAGUUCUAUCGUACUGGACAAUUUCCUUCGAAAAGCAAUACUCCCCUCGUUUUUAGACCUGUCCGGCAAGACAAUGUCCGAUAUUUGAUCUUGCAUUUAUUUUUCAUAGCGUCGACCUUUAUACAGAUUAAGUUCUUCUGUUCAUUAUUGGGCUGUUUUUGGUAAACCUUGCUUUUUGUAAUAUGUUAACAACAGUGCAAGUGUGAAUGAAUUGUGUUUUGUUAGUAACUGAGUUUGAUGAAUUGUUUUUAUCAGAACCAUUUUUUUUCUUUGUUUGUGUUAACAUAUGUUAUUAUUUAACGAUAAAUAGUAUUCGGUUAAUAAUUCAGGUUAGUGAAACUCAUUACCUAUUUAAUGGUGGCAGCUUUUAGCGGAAUAAUGGUCAUUUGGGAUUUGAAAUUUAUGAAGUUAAUUGAAAGUGGAUAUGUUUUAUAGGAUGUCUGGAAUUUUUAAAUUACGCAAAUUCUGCGUAAAAUAUGUUCCAUUAUGCAAAUCAAUGGCAGAUCGGAAG